GGCAGUGAUGACCUCCCCAAAAGAACAUGUCACUUGUGAAGUACCUCCUCCACCCAUCCCCAGAGGACGAGAAGAGGAAACACAAGAAGAAACGCCUGGUGUGGAACCACAACCCUUACUUCAUGGACAUGAAAUGCAAAAUCACCACCGUCUUUAGCCAGGCACACAUGGUGGCUUUGUGUGUGGGCUGCUCCACUGUCCUUUGCCAGCCUACAGGAGGAAAAGGAAGGCUGAGAGAAGGAUGGUCCUUCAGAUGGAAGCAGCACUAA